CUUCUUUUUCUGAAAAAAUCAAAACAGAGGAAAAUUUUUCGCGUUUUUCGUGAAUUUUCGUGAAUUUUCGUGCGAUCCGGAGUUCUCAGAGUCCCCCCCGCAACUCCCGCCGUCGUCCCCGUCGAAAAAGAAGCGUGGAAAACCGUAGAAAAAGCAGAAAACCGGAGCGCGAAGAAAAACCAGAGGUGCAGUACUUGUUCGCGAACGUCGUUCAUCCUGAGGUAUCUGAUCUGAUCUAGUGAUCUGGGACUGAUGAGGCGUUUCUUGUGGCCGCGGAAUAAGCCGGUGAUACGAAUUCGGCAAGCGUAGCCUACUACCCAUCGACAUUUCAUCACAUGUUGCCAUUAAUCUCGGUUUAAGUGGUUUUUACUGGUUUAAGUGUUUCACUUCGGGAACAAAAAUGAGAAAAUUUCGAGUUUUUGGAACAAUUUGACCAAGAAAAAGGUGCACAUUGUUUGAAUCCUCGAGCAUCUCCAUGGAGAUUUAUUAGCCAAAUAAUUCCGAGCGAGCUCAAGGAUGAUCCUGCGAGUGUUCAGCUUCUUCUAUUUCCUCUCUCGGCCCCUCCUGAAAUGGUUCCUGCAUCGGUUCACGAACCUGUGCGAGCUGCAGCGCAUUUGCUACGGCUGUCCGCCGGGUGCAACGCGGACCAAGAAGGUCCAGCUAUCGCUCGAGCUGUCGAAGAAGCUGUCGAUCAAGAAGCUCCUGCACAUCCUCAACGAACUGGUCGGUAACGACGUGGACGAGGCGUUUCUCCGGCGAGAAAUACAAACGCGGGCGGUCGGAACGGUGCUGCAGGUAAAAAAGAUCAACCCGAAGGUGCACUGCGAUUUCCCGCGAUCGUUCGGUGCAUGUGCCGAGCGGAUCUGGGGCUACAAACGCCUGUACUUCAUGGUGGAACGGUUACGGGCCACACCAUACGACAGCGAGGAGCCAGAGCACGAGGUGAAGCUGCUCGCCCUUUGGCGAUUGCUGGUCGGCGAUGAGAUGAAGCUAACGGGCCGCAUCACCGAUCAGUGGCAACAUAUAGGCUUUCAGGGCGACGAUCCGAUGACGGAUUUCCGUGGAAUGGGUGUGCUAGGCCUGGACAAUCUACUCUAUCUGGCGCAGAACUAUAACGGGACCGCUCGGCACCUGCUGUCCCAUUCGCAUCAUCCGACGCAUGGUUACUUCUUCGCGAUCGUCGGCAUCAACCUCACGUCGAUGGCGUACCAUUUGCUUAAGUCCGGAUUCGCUCGGACCCAUUUCUACAACCAUCCGCAGCAGCAUCUGACGGUGGACACCUUUCACCAGUUCUAUUGCUACCUGUUCUACGAGUUCGACCGGUAUUGGGUCGAGUGUAAACCAAAGAGCAUCAUGGACUUCAACAGCAUUCAGCGCCGAUUCGAGGAGAAUAUCCUGAAGUUGCUGGCUCACGAUGGGUGCUACUUCAAGAUGAACCUAUCGGUGGAGGACAUAUAGCACUAGGACCCGCGUAGAGCGCCUUCGCUUCGUUGUCCCUCUUUCGCGCCAGCUCUUUUCAUGCUCUGCUUUGCUCUACAACGACUCCAAAGCCUGCAGCCGAUCCGGUUGGGUAUCGUUCAUUUGUUUGUGAUAAUUGCUGUGCUGUCCGGGCACCGCUUAUACCUACGGCACACCGCUGCGAUGCAGAUCGGUCUACACUGAUGGGCACUUUGGCACGUGCGUGGUCUUGCCUGAAUUGGUUUUGUUAGACACAUAAAUACACAAACACACAAACACAAAAAACACACACCGCAAGUGCAAUCUAGUGAGAAAGUAAAAUAAAGCUUUUUUUAGAACGUAAAAGAGGGCUGCAAUGAGAAAA